AUUCGCGAGGGUUAGAGGAUCAAGAGCCUCGCGAAUGUUGAAAAACCGUGAAUGUUUGGUGCCCCAAUAUAUUGUAGGGAAAUAUAUUACAAUACUGCUUCCUUAACUUGUUGAACCAUGAACAAUCAUAAAAUACAUGAAAAUGUCGUAAAUUGUACUAAAUAUAUACAUGUUAUGCUUUAAUAAUGUAUGUUAUUUAAUAACAUGUAUGUUAAUAACAUGUAUGUUAUUAAAUACCACAGACUCCACCAAUGCCUCCACCACUGCGAGUCCCUACUACCCUCCCUCCGACCCCCGCAACUGGCAGCCAGCCCUCCCACCACUCAGUGUGAUAUUUUAAGGAUUCAGCCACCAUCCUAGGCAUUCGAGGACAUUCCACUCCUUCAAGAUACACCUGUUUUGGUAUAUUUUAGACAGUUGCCACUUUUUUGUUGUUGUUGAACUUGUCAAGAAAUAUUGAACAGUCAUCUUUGAUCUUGUGUGACUUGCGAAUAAAAAAAAAUUACAGAUAAUGUAAAAUAUUCUUUCAGUUAUAUGUGUUAGUAACACUUAAAACUGGUCUACUCUGACAUGAUACCAUAAUUAUCCAGGUGACCUUAACAUACUGCUUCUGUCUAGCAAGAUAUAGGCAUCUGUAUAUUAAGGGCUCAUAGCAUACCCUAGUUAUGGCUAGGCACUGAUAUAAGCUGAGGUAAAAUGACAACUCUUAGUCUGUUAAUUCAACUUCGUAAAAAAAUAAAAUGAUGUUCAGAAUGGUAAAAAUGUUUUUCCAUGUAAAUUUACUUUAGCAUAUGACAGUUAAUUAAGGCACUAUUUAAGUGUUCUGAGUGUUGAAAUAUAAACAUAUUGGCUCACAUGGGAGUUUGUAUCAGUGUUUGAAGUAUUGAAAAUAUUUGAACCACAAUACUUUUUAGAAAAAACAAGGACCAUUUGUUUUCAUUGUGUCUACACACUGGGCAGUACUUAAAAUAUAUAUAUUACUUGAUAUUAUAUUUGGCAGCAUACUGUACAUUAAGUCAAUGUUCUAAGUAUCUGACAUAUAUUAUGUCUGCAUUAUAAUAUCCUUGACUAUUUAUGAACAUCAUGCCAGAGAGAAAUAUUAUUGUUGGUCGAUUUUUGAAAUUUUUCUCUUGAAAGUAGAUCUAGCAAGAUAGAAAGAAAUGAGAGCUAAUGUUAUAGAUAAACCAUAUCAGUGCUCAGAAUGUCCAGAAUGGUUUAUGGAAAAGUGUUAUCUUGUAACUCAUAUGAGAGAGCAUUCAGGAGAAAACUCUUUUCAGUGUUCAGAAUGUCCAAAAUAUUUUAAACAAAAAAGCCAUCUUAUAAGGCACGAGAGAGUUCAUACUGGGGAUAAACCUUACCCAUGUUCAGAAUGUCUGAAAUAUUUUAAAUGCAAAUCGACUCUUUCAACACAUAUGAGAGUUCAUACUGGUGAAAAGCCAUAUCAAUGUUUGGAAUGUUUCAGAUAUUUUAAGCAAAAAACUCAUCUUGAAAGACACAUGAAUGUUCAUGGAGCAGAUAAAAAAUUUUCAUGUUCAGUAUGUUCAAAAAAUUUUUCAUAUAAAUCUGUUUUAACAACUCACAUGUUGGUUCAUACAGGAGAAAAACCAUAUCAGUGUAUAGAAUGUAUGACAUGCUUUAGGCAAAGAGGCCAACUUGUAACUCAUAUGAGAAUUCAUACAGGAGAGAAACCAUACCAAUGUUCAGAGUGUCUGAAAUAUUUCAGGCUAAAAGGUGAUCUGGCAAUUCACAUGAGAAUUCAUACUGGAGUUAAACCAUUCCAGUGUCCAGAGUGCCAUAAAUAUUUUAGGCAAAGAGGUGAUCUUACAGCACAUAUGAAAGUUCAUACAGGAGAUAAACCAUAUCAGUGUUCUCAGUGUCUAAAAUAUUUUAACAGAAAGGGCAAUCUUGCAAAACACAUGAGUGCUCAUACAGUAGAUAAAUUAUAUCAGUGUUCAGUGUGUCUGAAAUAUUUUAAACGAAAAGACCAUCUCCUAACACAUACAAAAAUUCAUACAAGGGAAAAACAAUAUCAGUGUCCAGUGUGUCAGAAAUACUUUAACUAUAAACACACUCUUGUAAUACAUAUGAGAGUUCAUACAGGAGAAAAACCAUUUCAGUGUUUGGAAUGUUUGAAAUAUUUUAGGGAAAGAGGUAAUCUUACAACUCACAUGAGAAUUCAUACAGGCGAGAAACCUUAUCAGUGUUCAGUGUGCCAGAAGUAUUUCAGGCAAAAAGGAAACCUUGUAGCACAUACAAAACUUCAUACAGAAAACAAAUCUUAUUGAUAAUCUCAAGGACUUCACAAGAAUAAAAUUUAAGAAGACAUAACAAUUCUUUGUUGACUUGAGAAUCCAUGUUGGUGUUUACUGUAUUUAAUACUUUUAUUUAAAUUUUUAUUAUUUAUUAUCACACUGGCCGCUUCCCACCAAGGCAGGGUGGCCCAAAAAAGAAAAACUUUCACCAUCAUUCACUCCAUCACUGUCUUGCCAGAAGGGUGCUUUACACUACAGUUUUUAAACUGCAACAUUAACACCCCUCCUUCAGAGUGCAGGCACUGUACUUCCCAUCUCCAGGACUCAAGUCCGACCUGCUGGUUUCCCUGAAUCCCUUCAUAAAUGUUACUUUGCUCACACUCCAACAGCACGUCAAGUAUUAAAAACCAUUUGUCUCCAUUCACUCCUAUCAAACACGCUCACGCAUGCCUGCUGGAAGUCCAAGCCCCUCGCACACAAAACCUCCUUUACCCCCCUCCCUCCAACCUUUCCUAGGCUGACCCCUACCCCGCCUUCCUUCCACUACAGACUGAUACACUCUUGAAGUCACUCUGUUUCGCUCCAUUCUCUCUACAUGUCCGAACCACCUCAACAACCCUUCCUCAGCCCUCUGGACAACAGUUUUGGUAAUCCCGCACCUCCUCCUAACUUCCAAAUUACGAAUUCUCUGCAUUAUAUUCACACAUUGCCCUCAGACAUGACAUCUCCACUGCCUCCAGCCUUCUCCUCGCUGCAACAUUCAUCACCCAUGCUUCACACCCAUAUAAGAGCGUUGGUAAAACUAUACUCUCAUACAUUCCCCUCUUUGCCUCCAAGGACAAAGUUCUUUGUCUCCACAGACUCCUUAGUGCACCACUCACCCUUUUCCCCUCAUCAAUUCUAUGAUUCACCUCAUCUUUCAUAGACCCAUCCGCUGACACGUCCACUCUCAAAUAUCUGAAUACAUUCACCUCCUCCAUACUCU